CGGCAAUCGCUGUGUUUCCCGUUAUUUAACGCUUGGUUCAGGGAAUAUAUCAUUAUCACAGAUACACAGUUUAAACCUAUUUAAUUCAAUGGACCCUUUUUUACCAGAAACAAAAAAAUAACUUCCACUUGAGCCCUGGCAUGCCUCGUAGGGGACAUUAAAGUGGUGUGGUUGUUGUAUUAACCGUUUCGCUGCCUGCCGCUGGAGGACACAUAAUUAUCUCGACGAAGAAGACGAGGAGGCGUACACUUCCGGGUUUCAAAAGCUUGUUAGCGACGAACAACGCCGAGCCAACGGUCGACUGUGUUGAAGGACGGAGGGUCUGUGAAACGUUUUAACGGUAUGUUGUGUGCUGGGAUGGCGUCGCCAACUAAAGAUGCAACGCCACACAGAGCCAACAGUCGGACUCCUGGUCGAGAACCUGACUCCCCACUUCCCCCCAUCCAUGAGCGGCUAGCGUACCUACGUCCUUCCAGGGAGCUACUCGAGUUCUACCGAGAGAAGAUUGCCCAGUUUGACGGAGAACACGAGGACCUGCUGCAGAUGCUGGACAAGUACAAAGGCAUCACAGAAGACCAGCAUAAAUUGCAGUGGGAAGUACGACAGCGUGAGGGAGAGAUUGCAGAGCUGCAAAACGCUCUGAGUGACAUGCAGGUCUACCUUUUCCAAGAGAGAGAACAGUCUCUUCGGCUUUAUGCAGAAAAUGACCGACUAAAGAUCAGAGAGUUGGAGGACAGGAAGAAAAUCCAGCACCUUCUUGCCCUGGUGGGUACUGAUGCCGGAGAGAUCACAUAUUUCCACCGGGAGCCUCCUCACAAGGUCACUGUCACACAGAAGAACACCGAGUCCAGAUUGGAGGAAAAUCUCAACCUAAGGCCAACGAUGCUGAGAUCUGCUGCAACCAGGAAAGCAGAGAGUAGCAGGAGAAAGAAAUCAGCAGACGGGUUAAAUGGAGAGAGCCUGGAACAAUACAAGAAUGAUAACCAGACGUUGUUACUACAAGUGGAAGCUCUGCAGGCUCAGAUGGAGGAACAAACCCGUCUGGCUAAAGAGCAGGUAGAGUCUCUGCUGGAGGAUCGACGGAUCCAAACGGAGGAGGCACUGGCACAACGGCAGAGAGAUCAGGAACGAUUUACAGCUAUGACUGACAAGCUCCAGCGAACCCAGAACCUGUUGCAUGAGAGCACCAGAGAUUUCUUACAGCUCAAGUUUGACACGCGGGCUCAUGAGAAGGGCUGGAUGGUUGAGAAGGACCGGCUGCUGAGGGAGCUGGACUCCUGCCACAACCGUCUGAGGAAGACUGGAUCUGCUGGGGCAGAGUCUGGCCGAACGUGGCAACCCAGCAGCAGCCACGCCUUGCUCCUCUCCCGGCCUCAGCCAGAGUUACAGCAGACACACAAGGAGGAGCUUAAAGCGAUGCAGGAGGAUCUGAAGCAAGCCCACCGACUGGCAGAGAUGUACAGGGAGCAGUGCAUUACAAUGGAGACAGAACUGUCCCAAAUUAGAGAGAAAGGGGAUGUGGGCAGGGAAAUAUUUAAGGAGCGUUCGGACAAAAUGGCCAAGCGACUUCAGCUGAUGACUCAGCGCUAUGAGGCGUUGGAGAAGAGGAGAGCUAUGGAGGCGGAGGGCUUCAAGACAGAUCUGAAGCACCUCAGACAGAAAUUCAAAGAUGUGGAAAAAUCACUACUCAAGGUUACUCUUAAUAUCGGGCCCAACCAGGACUUGGCCAUUCUGCAUGAGGUACGUCAGACCAACGGCAGGACAAAGAAGGUUCAGGGGGAGCUGAUGGCGCUGAAGGCUAAGAUCUAUGGACUGGAAAACGAGCUGAGAUUUAGCUGAGGACUGGACUGUGCCGUCUACUGUCUGCAUAUGAGGGACAAUUAAUGUGAGGUCUAUCACAGUCGAGUCUGUUUGUGCCACUGUGUAUGGAGACUACUGAAACUGAGUGAAUGCGAUUUCUAUUUUGUACUUUGGACUAAUAAAGAUGUUUUUCUACAACA